AUGUCCCCCAUGAGUACUGUUGACCCUAAAUCCCUUUGUGAUCUUGUUCUAAAAGCAGAUCCAGUCGCAUUUUCACCUGCCGCUGUUGGCCUACAUCAGAGGAAAGCUCAAGUGGCAGCAAAGCUGGUUGCCAGUGGGAAGUUCCAUGGCGUUGGAGCCGGGCUCAAGAACAUUGGCAACAGCUGCUACCUGAAUGCAGCCCUGCAGUGCCUGACGCACACGCCACCGCUGGCCACCUACAUGCUGUCGAAGGAGCACUCUCGGAGCUGUCUUCGCCAGGAAGGCUGCAGGAUGUGUGCUAUGGAAGCUCAUGUGGCCCAGAGCUUCCUCCACUCCGGGGAUGUCAUGCAGCCCUCGCAGGAGUUGACUGCCACCUUCCACAAGUACAUGCAGGAAGACGCCCACGAGUUCCUCAUGUUCACCCUGAAUGCCAUGGAUGAAUCCUGCCUUCGAGGGAGCAGGCACUCGGAGUCCCACUCUCAGGUCAGCACCCCAAUUCAGGAAAUAUUUGGAGGUUCGUGGAGAUCUCAGAUCAAGUGUCUCCACUGCCAGGCCACCUCAGACUCCUUGGAGCCUUUCCUGGAUAUCCCCCUGGACAUCUGCACAGCUCAGAGUGUCACCCAAGCCUUGGAGGAGUUAGUGAAAGCAGAAGAGCUCUGUGGAGAAAAUGCCUACUCUUGUGGUAGUUGUCGGGAGAAAAUGCCAGCUUCCAAGGUCCUGACAGUUCAAGCAGCCCCGAAGGUUCUUCUGCUUGUGUUAAAUCGCUUCUCAGGCUUCAUGGGUCACAAAGUAGACAGGAAAGUGAGCUACCCCGAGUCCCUUGACCUGCGGCCAUACAUGUCUCAACCUAAGAGGGGACCAUUGGUGUACACCCUCUAUGCCGUGCUGGUCCAUGAUGGUGUGACUUGCCUCAGUGGACAUUACUUCUGUUGUGUCAAAGCUGGCAAUGGCAAAUGGUAUAAGAUGGAUGAUUCCAGCGUCACCAUGUGCGAUGUGGCUUCUGUCCUGAGUGAGCCUGCCUACCUGCUCUUCUAUGUCCAGAGAACUGAUCUCAAAAGGGACAGUGUCAAGGAACCCGGAAGCAGAGUCAACCAGCCUCUCUGCCCCAAAUCCAAGGUUAGGAAAGCUUGCCAGAGAAAACUCAACAUGGGCCCUGCCGUAGAAGCAGCUGCGGGAGAGGAACGGGGCCUCACAGAGAAUUCAGCGACCAAAGAACCCUGCUUAGACCAACAGGAAGCGCUUCAGGAACACAACCAUCCCAAUCCUGUGCCGAUCCUCGGGAGACCUCAUCCUACUCUUCCAGCCAAUGCAGUUAUAAUUCAUCAAUCCAGACAGAGAGUGGACGUGGGCAGGAAUGCUCUUGACAAGGAUAAUUUGCCAUGUCCCAGUUCUGCCAAGCUCCUGAAUGCUCAGGGCCCUAUGAACACUGGGCAACGCUGCAGUCACGGAGGGAGUCAAAGGUCUAAGAAGAAGAAGAACAAGAAGCAAGGGUGGAGGCUUCUGGUUGCUUACUAA